AUGGACUAUUGCUUGCAAGUCGCUUGGUACCCCGGCAUGGAGGCGAUAACCAAGCAAUCCAAUUUUAUCUUCUCGCCUAUGUCCCUCAGGGCUGGGCUCGCGCUGCUUGCCGUGGGCACGCAGGGCCCGACGUUGCGGCAGCUGCUCACGUUCCUGGGCUCCGAAAACACGGGCCACCUCGAUGUGGCCAUUGCGAGGCUCCUCACCAACGUGAGCACGUGGCCACAGCUCUCCUUCGCCGCCGGCAUCUUCGUGGACCGCACGCUUUUCCUCACGCCGGAGUUCGUGUCCUCCGCUGUCUCUGCUCACCACGCCGUCGCAAGAUCUGUCCAUUUCAAGAAUCAGCCUGCGGCGGCGACCGCUGAGGUGAGCGCUUUCAUCGAGCAGGCCACGGCGGGGCGCAUACGCAACCUCCUGUCCGAUGGCGCUGUUCACGGCGACACCAAGGUCGUCCUCGCCAACGGCAUGCACUUCAAGGCGACGUGGGCACGGAGGUUCGACCCGUCGGAUACCGUUCGCGACAACUUCUACCGCCGCGACGGCGAGCCCGUGCGGGUGCCGUUCCUGUCGGACGCUGGCAUGCAGUAUGCCGAGAGCUUCGACGCCCCUGGCCUGGGGUUCAAGGUCCUCCAGUGCUUCUACAAGAUGGUUGGGCGUGACGGCAGGCUGGACUCAAAGGCGCCCUGCUUGUGCAUGCUCAUGUUCCUGCCGCACAGGCGCGACGGGCUUCCCGACCUGCUGCGCCUGGCCGUCACUGAGCCGAAUUUCGUCAUGCGGUGUGCGCCCCGGCGCGAGCAGACGUGCGCCGUGGAGGUCGACGAGGAAGGCACGACAGCGGUUGCAGCGAUGUAUGCCGCUACGAGCCCGACUUACAGUCCACCGGAGAGACCCCCGCCGCCACCGAUGAGAUUUGUGGCUGACCACCCGUUCAUGUUCGCGAUCGUGGAGUACGAGAAGGCUGAGGUCUUGUUCCUAGGCCAUGUCAUGGACCCUUCCAAGGAGGAUUGA